AUCAAGAACAUUAGAUAAUACCAGCAUGCUAGCCCCUUGAAUUAGUCUUCCUUCAGACAAUAAUCAUAUAUGUAAGAACUUAAGUUCAGACCAUUCUUAUGCCCCUACUUUUACCUGUUUUUUUUUUUUUUGUUAAAUAAAAUUAAUUGGACUUGAUCCAUUUUCACAUCAUUCUUAGGUACAAUCUUUUUGUCAGCCUUGAAUUAGUCUUCCUUACUACUUACAGAUAAUGUCAUAUGUGAGAAAUUUUCUCCAAACUAGAGUUUGAAAAUUAAACCAAAAAGAAAACAAAGAGCAGCCGGCGCCAUGAGAGUUCAAGAAAUGAUCUUGAAGUUUGCGCUACUAUUACAGGUGUUAGUAGCAGUAGCAUCAGAAGAAUUUCCAAUUGCCAAGCCUGGUUGCCAAGAUAGAUGUGGGAAUAUUAGCAUCCCCUAUCCAUUCGGUUUGACGGAUGAUUGCUACUAUGAUGAAGAAUUUCUCAUAACUUGCGAUGAAUCUUUCGAUCCUCCUAAAGCAUUUUUAACAGCAAGUACGAUCAAUGUCACAGAGAUAACACUUGACGGGAAGAUGCACAUCCUGCAAUAUGUAUCCCGUGAUUGCUACAAUACUUCGUCAGGAAUGGAUGCUGGUGAUAAUUCAGAAUCGUCCAGGCUCACUCUAAGCAAAUUUAUUAUCUCUGAUACUGAUAACAUAUUUGUUGCUAUUGGUUGCAACACUCAAGCAACUGUCCUUGGUUAUCUAGCAGACGCAAACGACUUUGCAUACCAGGUUGGAUGUAUGUCUAUGUGCAACAGCUUAGAAUAUGUGCCCAAUGAUACUUGUUCAGGAAUAGGCUGUUGCCAAACAUCACUUGCCAAAGGAGUAAAUUACUUUAACGUAACAGUCAGUAACUUUGAAAAUAAACCUUCCAUCGCAGACUUUAGUCCCUGCAGCUAUGCUUUCCUAAUUCAAACGCAGUCGUUUAAAUUUUCUUCGACCAAUUUCACUGAUCUGCGGACGGUUGUAAAGGUCCCUUUGGUGUUGGAUUGGACUAUUUCCAAUCAUACCUGCGCAACCUUAAGAGAAAAAAUGUUGUAUAAUACUUGUCAAGGAAAUAGCACUUGUCAGGAUCCUGAGAAUGGGUCCGGCUAUCGUUGCAAGUGCUUAGAUGGUUAUGAAGGAAAUCCAUACCUGCCGAAUGGUUGCCAAGAUAUUGAUGAAUGUAAAAAUUCAACGCUUAACAAGUGCGUAAAAGCUUGUAUUAACACCGAAGGGAAUUUCACAUGUUCCUGCCCCAACGGGUAUCAUGGAGAUGGAAGGAGAGAUGGAGACGGUUGCCUCCGUGAUCGAUCACUAGCGAUUCAGGUCACCAUCGGAGUUGCUACUGGCGUGACAGCUCUGCUAGUUGGUAUUACUUGGUUGUAUUGGGGAUUCAAGAAAUGGAAGUUAAUGAAACUCAAAGAGAGGUUCUUUAGGCAAAAUGGGGGUAUAAUGUUGCAACAACAGCUCUCAAAAAGAGAGGGAUCCACCAAUGAGACCGCCAAAAUCUUUACAGCUGAAGAACUAGAGAAUGCCACAAACAGCUACGAUGAGAGCAGAAUUCUUGGAACUGGAGGAUAUGGUACUGUUUACAAAGGAACAUUAAAAGAUGGAAGAGUUGUUGCAAUCAAGAAGUCGAAAAUUGUUGAUCAAAGCCAAACCGAGCAAUUUAUCAAUGAAGUGGUUGUUCUAUCCCAGAUUAACCACAGGAAUGUGGUAAAGCUUUUGGGAUGUUGCUUAGAGACAGAAGUCCCGUUGCUAGUUUACGAAUUUGUGACGAAUGGAACCCUUUUUGAGCACAUUCACAACAAAAUCAAGGCUUCAGCUUUAUCUUGGGAAAUCCGUUUACGAAUUGCUGCAGAAACUGCAGGAGUACUAUCAUACUUGCACUCUGCAGCCAAUGUUCCAAUCAUUCAUAGGGAUAUCAAGUCCACAAACAUACUCUUAGACGAAAAUUACAUAGCAAAAGUGUCCGAUUUCGGUACGUCAAGAUUAGUUCCAUUAGAUCAAGACGAAUUGUCCACACUGGUGCAAGGAACCUUGGGAUACUUAGACCCUGAGUACUUGCACACAAGCCAAUUGACCGACAAGAGCGAUGUUUACAGCUUUGGAGUUGUCCUCGUGGAGCUGCUUACUGGGAAAAAGGCGCUUUCGUUUGAAAGGCCUGAAGAGGAGAGAAAUCUAGCUAUGUAUUUUCUGUAUGCACUGAAAGAGGAUCGCUUGGUUAAUGUUCUUGAGGAUUGCAUAUUAAAUGAAGGAAAUAUCGAGCAAAUUAAGGAAGUGUCUAGUCUUGCAAAAAGAUGCUUAAGAGUGAAAGGAGAAGAAAGGCCUACAAUGAAGGAAGUAGCAAUGGAACUAGAGGGAUUAAGAUUGAUGGUAAAGCAUCCUUGGGUUAACAAUGAGUCAAAUUCAUCAGAAGAAACAGAAUACUUGCUUGGUAAAUCAGUGGAAGCUGUUUUUAGUAUUGAUUAUGGAGAUAUUCCUAGUACAAGUGCUGGGUAUGAUAGCUUAAGGAACCAUGUAAUGUUACCAGUACGUGAUGGAAGAUAAAUUUCAGAAAUGAUUAUUUUUCUCUUUUUCCUUUUUAGGGUUGAUAAGAAAAAGCUCCAAGUUGUGUUGCAAAUUAAAUUGCAACCAUUCUGUG